GCCAACUUUCAACACGAACCUAGGAAACUACAUGUUCUCCUGGAAACCCCGAAAUCGUGUUUACUUUUUACAAAUUAUUGAUUCCCUUUAAUUAUUCAUCUAUUCUGUCGCAUUGUUCCCAGGUAUUUAUUACCAAAAGGGAAUAUACGUGCAUUCAUUUUUUUCGUACAAUUUAAUUACAGCAUCCGGCUUGAACGCGGUCGUCUCGUUCCUCUCUUUUACUAAAUUAUUGAAUACGGCAGAUACAUUGAUCCUGGAUACUCACGUUCAGUUGAUUUAAACGUAUAAAACUUUACUUUUUUUUGGCAGCUCAAUUCACACCAUCGUUUGGAAGAAUCACUGGAGUCUGUGUACCUAUACUCAUAAAUAUUCAUAAAAAGAUUCGUCAAAUAACCUAUGAAUUUUGACGAUCCUGAUUUCGACGUGGAGACAUUACUUUCUGACAGGUCAUGGAAGGUCAGGUUAGAAUCAUUCGAAAAAUUAAACGAUGCAUUUCAGAGCUCUUCGAGUGAAGAUGAACGUUGUUUCUUUCAAUGGUUUCGUGAACCCAACCUUUGGAAAUUGGGGUUGUGCGACAAUAAUGUCUCCGUGCAGGAGGCGGCCAUUCAAGCCUUACACUCCUUUCUGCUUCAUAGUGGCCGCAAGGGCUUUAUGACAUCCAAGCCCAUAACAAUACCAUGCAUACUUGAAAAGUGUCUACCAUCUACACGGCCUAAUACGCGUUCCGUCUCACAGGGGGUCUUAUUCCUCUACGCAGAAAAUGGCUUUGGCGAUAUCGUCUUUGAAGGUCUACUGUCAUCGAGUCAAGUUCGUCACCCGAAGCAAAGCCUUGCAGCAAUUAAGGUGCUCAGUGCUUUUAUUGAGCAAAACGGUGUUCCUCAAAGUCAAAAAACUGCACUCCUUGGUUCCCUGCCUGGCCUUCUUACUAAUUCAGACAAGAACAUAAGACAGGCGGCUGCAAGUUUGUCUAUCGCUGUCUAUAAAACUCUAGGUGAUAUUGUCAAAACCGCCAUUUUCCCUUCGCUGAAGCCAAUUCAGGUUUCAGAACUCGAACAACAAUUUCAAAAGGCUUCAAUAAAUAUUAGCCUUCCAGAACAAACUAAGCCAAAAAAACAAACGAAGAGCAAUGAAAUUCAUCGGCAUUCCCGAAAGCCCUCAUUGAACACUCGAGCUCCAUUGCCUACUCUCCAAACAUCACCAAAUUCCUUUUCUUCAAAGAGUGCAGAACAAAGCACUCCUUCUUCUCCUGUCAAAACCAAAGCCGCAUCUACUUUUAGCGAAUUUCCCAUAAAUCUCAAUGAUAAGCUAGCUGAGGGUUUUUUUACGAACCUUAAUCAGCCCAAAUGGAAAGACAGGAAAAUGGCCUUAGACCAGCUUUACGAACUUUGCUCCAAAAACCAGUUGGAUUGUGAUGCAAACUAUGGUGAUAUAAUGCGCUCUUUGGCAAAGUGUCUGAAAGAUGCAAAUAUUGCUGUUGUAAGCAUGGCUGCAAAAUGCGUUGCUACUUUGGCUUCAGCGCUGGGUAACUUUUUCAUUCCGUAUAAGAGCAUUAUUCUUCCUGCUGUUUUGGAUCGAUUCAAAGAGAGGAAAACAUCAAUCGUGGCUGCCCUAUCGAAAGCGUCUGAUGCAAUAUUUCAAUCCUGUGGUUUGAAUGAAGUUCUUGAUGAUGAAGUGUUUGGUUAUUUGCAGCAUAAGAAUCCUCAAGUCAGGGCAGAAACAUUGGCUUUCAUUAGUAGAUGUCUCACUGCUAGUAGUUCUUGCCCUACUCGUGCAUGUUUGGAAUCACUUUGUGCCGCUUCUCUUAAUCUUGUCAAUGAUACGUCUGAAAGCGUCCGCAUCGCAACUUAUGGUCUACUUGCGGUACUCAUGAAGAUGUUUGGAGAACCGAUUUUAAACAAGUACCUUCCUGGUUUGGAACCAAAAAAGCUUUCUCGAGUCAUUGACCUUUCCGAAGAUGUUGAAGUGAACGCCCAUCCUUCUCAGCCGAAACCAAAACUUCCAAGGGUCGCCUCUCCUUAUACAAAAUCACAGGAGUCUCGGGACAUAUCCUUGUCAUUAAAAGUUAAGCCUUCUGUUAUUCUUCCGAGAUCACCGCAUACCCAAGGCCUAAAUCAAAAAGCUUCUCCAGUUACAUCAGGUAAAUCGACACCAACAACUCAGUUUUCAGCUGGCAGUAGAUCGGUUACUACACCGGUCCCUGCUCGGACAAACAAUCUCUCGUUAAAGACUCGACCUGUUUCGCUCCUAAAAGUACCCCAGUCAGCUAUCCGUUCUUCUUCAUUAAAAUCAGGUUCUAGUAGACUGAGUAUUAUACCCUCGAGGAAUGAGGUGCAAGAGCGUGAUAGCGACAGACAAGCACAUUUAUCAACACUGCGUUCCGUAACAACAGCAACAGAUGCGGAAAAGGAAGAACUAGAGAUGCUUCGCACGGAGAAAGCCGUUCGUGAAGUUAGGCAAAAUGAAGAUGCCAUGGAAAGAGAACGCCUUUUGCGAGAAAUCAACACUCUACAGUUCAGAAACUCAGAACUGCGAGAAGGUCUUUUAAAUUCACAGGCUAUCAUUUCACAAAGAGAUUUGGAAAUAACAGAUUUGAAAAAAGAGAUGUCAAAGCUUAACACAAGACUGCAACAAGUGCUUCUUGAACUGGAGAAAAAGCAAUCAGACGAUUGUUCAAUGGAAGUCGACGUGUCCGCAAACACGCCAGAAGUGAAGCCUCAGGCAAAAGAAUCUGGAGUACGUCUACAACCAUCUCAUUUAAGAUUGCCAAGCAUAUCCUCACUCACUUCAAGACGCUCCUCAAUAUACCCACGAUUUACCUCCUACAGUCCAAAGGAAACAACAAGCUGGUCUGAGAAUGGUGACAUUUCUAGUCGCUUGAGAGAAGGCAUUCAACGAAUGAAGCGCGAAGGUCCUUGAGUAUAUAUAUCUAGAUACUUAAUGUAGGUUUUUAAUCUUAUUCAAAUCUCAUUCUUUAUUGUCUAUGCAAAAUACGAAUGAGAUGAUACACCUCUAAGCUCAUCAAGCUCCUCUCUUGUGAAGUAGCU